AGUAGCAUGGACAUCCGCAAUGACGUCUCCCAGCUGAGGAAGCUGGAGAACUGCACCAUCAUCGAGGGCAACCUGCAGAUCCUCCUCAUGUUCACCACCGCCGCCGAGGACUUCUGUGGCCUCAGUUUUCCCCGUCUCAUCAUGAUCACCGAGUACCUGCUCCUCUUCCGGGUCUACGGGUUAGAGAGCCUGCGUGACCUCUUUCCCAACCUGUCCGUCAUCCGGGGCACUAACCUGUUCUUCAACUAUGCCCUGGUCAUCUUCGAGAUGCCCCACCUCAGAGACAUCGGCUUGCACAGCCUGACCGAUAUUCUGCGGGGCUCGGUGCGCAUCGAACGCAACCAGGAGCUCUGCCACAUCUCCACCAUCGACUGGGGGCUGCUCCUGCUCGACUCGGUAGAGAACAACUACAUCGUGAGCAACAAGCAGGUGGAGGAGUGUGCCGACGUGUGCCCGGGCAUCCUGGACGUGGAGAAGCCCUGCGUCCAGACCAACAUCAACGGGCAUCUAGAGUAUCGCUGCUGGACAUCCAGCUACUGCCAGAAAGUAUGUCCCUGUGGAGACGGAAUCGCCUGCACCGCGGCCGGGGAAUGCUGCCACCCGGAGUGCCUGGGAGGCUGCAGCCGUCCGUGGGACAGCAGGGCCUGCGUGGCCUGCCGCCACUUCCACUUCAACGGGCAUUGCCUGACCUCCUGCCCGGCCCGCACCUACCGGUACGAGGGCUGGCGCUGCGUGACGGCCGAGUACUGCGCCAGCCUGCGCAAGGUGUCCGAGAACCCCCGCGAUGCCUCUGAGUUCGUCAUCCACCACGAGAGGUGCCUGUCCGAGUGCCCCUCGGGGUACACACGCAAUGACAGCAGCAUCUUCUGCCACAAGUGCGAGGGGCUGUGCCCCAAGGAGUGCAAGGUGGGCACCAAGACCAUCGACUCGACCCGUGCGGCGCAGGAACUGGCCGGCUGCACCUACGUUGAGGGCAACCUGAUCGUUAACAUCCGCAGGGGCUAUAACCUGGCCUCGGAGUUGCAGAACAGUCUGGGACUCAUUGAGACCAUCACGGGCUUCCUGAAGAUCAAGCACUCCUUCGCCCUCGUCUCCUUGUCCUUCUUCAAGAACCUCAAGCUCAUCCGGGGGGACUCCAUGGUGGACGGGAAUUACACCCUCUACGUCCUGGACAACCAGAACCUGCAGCAGCUCUGGGACUGGAGCCACCACACGCUCUCCAUCCCUGUAGGGAAGGUGUACUUCGCGUUCAACCCCAAGCUGUGCCUAUCCGAGAUCUACCGCAUGGAGGAGGUGACGGGCACCAAGGGCCGGCAGAACAAGGCUGAGAUCAAUCCUCGCACCAAUGGGGACAGAGCCUCCUGCAAGACCCAGACUCUGCGCUUCGUUUCCAACAUCACCGAGUCCGACCGCAUCUUCCUGAAGUGGGAGCGCUACCGGCCCCCCGAGUACCGUGAUCUGCUCAGCUUCAUCGUCUACUACAAGGAAUCGUCCUUUCAGAACGUGACCGAGUAUGUGGGGCAGGAUGCCUGUGGGGCCAACAGCUGGAACGUGGUAGAUGUGGAGCUGCCACUGAACAACGACCAGGAUCCAGGGGUGGCCCUGCUGAACCUCAAGCCUUGGACCCAGUAUGCCAUCUUCGUCCGUGCCAUCACCCUGACCACGGCCGAGGAGGGGCGCAACUACGGGGCGCAGAGCGAGGUGGUGUACAUCCGCACCAUGCCGGCAGCCCCCACAGUGCCCCGGGACGUCCUCUCCAUGUCGAACUCCUCCUCCCACAUCAUUGUGCGCUGGAAACCGCCCAGCCAGCGUAACGGGAACAUCACCUACUACCUGGUGCUGUGGCAGCAGCUGGCCGAGGACCUGGACCUCUACGUCAAUGACUAUUGCCACAAAGGCCUUAAGCUGCCCACCAGCAGUGCGGACACCCGCUUCAAUGUGGACGACAGCGGGGGUCCCGAGCUGGAGCAGGACACGGAGGAGCGGUGCUGCCCGUGCCACCGGGACAGCGGGCAGCUGCAGAUGGAGGGCGAGGCUGUCUCCUUCCAGAAGAAGUUUGAGAACUUCCUACACAAUUCCAUCAUCAUCCCCAGACCCCCUUGGAAGGUGACGUCUGUCAAAAAGAACCCUCAGAGAACUCGGAAGAGGCGCAGAGACAUCUUGGCCAUGACCAGUUCUGGCCACCCCCUCUCCAAUGCCUCCUCUCUGGAGCCCCCAGGGAAACCGCCGUCCCUGAACCUAACGGGUGCCGGCCCCAAAGCCCAAACAGAUUUCCGGAUCUUUGAGGACAAAGUGGUGCGGGACCGGACCGUCAUCUCCCAGCUGCGCCACUUCACCGAGUACCGCAUCGACAUCCACGCCUGCAACCACGCUGCCCACACGGUGGGCUGCAGCGCGGCCACCUUUGUCUUUGCCCGGACUAUGCCUGAGCUGGAAGCAGAUAACAUCCCCGGCAACGUCACCUGGGAGCCGGCCAGCAAGAACAGCGUCCUGCUGCGCUGGGAGGAACCCAAGAACCCCAACGGGCUCAUCCUCAAGUACGAGAUCAAGUACAGCCGGGAAAACGAGGAGGUCACCACUGUGGUGUGUGUCUCUCGCCACCGCUACGCCAAAUACGGGGGUGUCCACCUUGCCCUUCUGCAGCCGGGGAAUUACUCUGCCAAGGUCCGGGCCACCUCGCUGGCUGGGAACGGGUCGUGGACUGGACUCAUCAAAUUUUACAUCCUUGGCCCGGCCGAGGAGGAGUCUGGCGGCUUCUACGUGCUGCUGACCGUCAUGCCCAUUGUCCUCAUGGUGGUGAUCACCUGCCUGGUUGUCUUUGUCUUCUUCUACUAUAAGAGAAGGAACGAUGACGGAUACCCAAGCGGCACGCUUUAUGCUUCGGUCAAUCCGGAAUACUUCAGCACCUCGGACAUGUAUAUCCCAGAUGAGUGGGAGGUGUCGCGGGAUAAGAUCACGGUGAUCCGGGAGCUGGGGCAGGGAUCCUUUGGGAUGGUCUAUGAAGGGAUCGCCCAGGGCAUCGAAAAAGAGGACGAGGAGACCAAGGUGGCCUUGAAGACUGUCAACGAACUGGCCACCAUGAGGGAGCGGAUUGAAUUCCUGAACGAGGCCUCGGUCAUGAAGGCAUUUAAGUGUCACCACGUGGUCCGGCUCCUUGGUGUGGUGUCCCAGGGCCAGCCAGCCCUGGUCAUUAUGGAGCUGAUGACCCGAGGGGACUUGAAGAGUUACCUCCGCUCUCUCAGACCGGACGCAGAGAACAACCCUGGUCUGCCGCCCCCGUCACUGAAGAACAUGAUCCAGAUGGCAGGGGAAAUCGCCGAUGGCAUGGCCUACCUCAAUGCUAAGAAAUUUGUGCACCGGGACCUCGCUGCCCGCAACUGCAUGGUGUCGGAGGACUUCACGGUGAAGAUUGGAGAUUUCGGCAUGACCAGAGACAUCUACGAGACGGAUUAUUACCGGAAAGGUGGCAAGGGGCUGCUUCCCGUCCGCUGGAUGUCCCCGGAAGCCCUGAAGGACGGGAUCUUCAACACCCACUCCGACGUCUGGUCGUUUGGGGUGGUGCUCUGGGAGAUCGCCACGCUGGCUGAGCAGCCCUACCAGGGCUUGUCCAACGAGCAGGUGCUGCGCUUUGUGAUGGACAAUGGCAUCCUGAAGCGGCCUGAGAACUGCCCGGAGAAACUCCACGAGCUGAUGAGCUGGUGCUGGCAGCAGAACCCCCGCCAGCGCCCCAGCUUCACCCAGCUACUGGAGAGCAUCAAGGACGACAUGGACCCCAGCUUCCGCAACAUCUCCUUCUUCUACAGUGCCGAGAACAAGCGCCGGGGCUCCUGCGAGCCCUCAGAUGUGGAGACGGACAACCUGCUGGAGGAGGAGCCGUCCACCGCCCUGGCUGCCCUGCGCCUCCCCCUUGCCACCAACGGCAGCCCUGGGCCCGCCGUCGCCCCACAGAAAGACCGGAGCUGUCCCAGGAACUGCUGUCACUUGAACGGGGCACCGUACCUCUGA